AUGAAUAAGAAAUCAGUUUUAGUAAUUCAUGGUGGUGCAGGAGUUAUUUCAAAAUCAACAAUAUCAAAAGAGAGAGAAGAAAUAUUUUUAAAUUCAUUAAAGAAUAUAUUAUUAGCAGGUAAAAUUAUAUUGAAACAAGGUGGUACAUCAUUGGAUGUUGUUCAAGAAGCAGUUAGACUUUUAGAAGAAGAUCCAAUUUAUAAUGCAGGUAAAGGUUCUGUAUUCACUGAACUUGGUACAAAUGAAAUGGAUGCAGCCAUUAUGGAUGGUACAAAUUUAAAAGCAGGAGCAGUUGGUGGCGUUUCAAUCAUUAGAAAUCCUAUUAUUGCCGCUAGAGCUGUUAUGGAACAUACAAACCAUUGUUUAUUAGUUGGAAAAGGUGCUGAAGAAUUUGCAAAAUCAAAGAAUUUAGAAAUCGUUGAACCUUCUUUCUUUUUUACUCAAAAUAGAUAUGAUCAAUUAUUAAGAGCAAAAGAUGAAAAGAAAUUAAUUUUAGAUCAUGAUGGUGAAAAUUUAUUAGAAAAAGAAAAAGAAAAAGAAAAGAAUAAUGAAACAUCAACAACAACGACAACUAUUUCAGUUGGAGUUGAUCCAAUUGAUCCAAAGUAUAAAAUGGGAACUGUUGGUGCUGUUUGUUUAGAUUCCUUUGGUAAUUUAGCCGCUGCAACUUCAACUGGUGGUAUGACAAAUAAAAUGCAUGGUAGAGUUGGUGAUACUCCAAUUAUUGGUGCUGGUGUUUAUGCAAAUAAAAAUGUUGCUGUUAGUUCAACUGGAACUGGUGAAGCAUUUAUGAGAACAGUGGCCGCUUUUGAUAUUGCUGCAAUGAUGGAAUAUGGUUCUUUAUCUUUAAAAGAUGCAUCCAAUAAAGUUGUAAUGGAAAAAUUAAUAACAGUUGGUGAUGGUGGUGUAAUUUGUGUUGAUAAAUAUGGAAAUGUUGAAAUGCCUUUCAACACUGAAGGUAUGUAUCGUGGUUAUGUAAUAAUUGAUAAUAAUUGUGAAAAUGAUCAAAAUGAUAUUAUCAAUGUUUCAAUUUAUAAAUAA